AUGGUUCAAUCUAAACAUUUCGGUUUUGAUAUCAAACAAUUAGUUUUGGGUAAGGAAUGUUCGGAAAAAUUGCGGAAAUUAAGACCAUUAGUUCAAGAUGGAUUACUUAGGGUGGGGGGUAGAUUGGGUCGGGCCCAAAUAACCUUUGAUCAAAAGCAUCCCCUAAUUUUGCCAGCUAAAGAGCCAUUAGUUGAUAGAUUAGUGGAUUAUUAUCACCAGACUAAUCUGCAUACGGGGCCUCACUUACUGGAGGCUAUCAUUAGACAAAAAUAUUGGAUAAUAGCGGGUCGGAAUCUCAUUAGAAGUCGGGUACAUGCGUGCAAUCACUGUUUUAGGCGUAAACCACUUGCAAAACCUCCGAUAAUGGCGGACUUACCAUCCUGUCGGGUACAGCCAGCUAAAGCGUUCCUGCAUACGGGAGUAGAUUAUUUCGGGCCUAUCAAUAUUACUUUAGGUAGGAGGCGAGGAACGUCGAUGUAUAAGGCUUACGUAUGUUUAUUUGUGUGCAUGAGCAUAAAGGCUGUACAUAUGGAACUGAGGUCCUUGUGGGGUUCUCUAUUCGGAUCAGGGAACCAAUUUUAUCGGAGCCAAGCGGGUACUUUCGGAUCUAUACAUGUUUUUAAAUUCUCGGGAGUAUACCGAUACGCUGAUGGCGGAAUUAUCCACCCAGGGCGUUGAAUGGAAGUUUAACCCUCCCUCGGCACCACAUAUGGGUGGUAUAUGGGAGAGUCAGGUUAAAUCAGCCAAAAGUCAUAUCUACAGAGUUAUCGGUGAUCAAUUGUUAACAU